CCCUAAUUCCAGCCUUCCCUAUCCUUGAAUUGUGAUUUUUUGGUUUCUCUUUUUCUCAAAUUCAAAUUCAAAUUCAAAUUCGAUUGAUGGCGGAUUCAGACAACGAAUCAGGAGGGCAGAACGCGAGCUAUGGCAUGGGGAACAGCGAGCAUUCAUCAGCGAAAGAGCAGGAUAGGUUCCUUCCAAUCGCCAACGUAAGCAGGAUCAUGAAGAAGGGGCUUCCAGCGAACGCCAAGAUCUCCAAAGACGCCAAGGAGACAGUCCAAGAGUGCGUCUCCGAGUUCAUCAGCUUCAUCACCGGCGAGGCUUCCGACAAGUGCCAACGCGAGAAGCGCAAGACCAUCAAUGGCGACGAUCUCCUUUGGGCGAUGACAACUCUAGGCUUUGAAGAGUACGCUGAACCUCUCAAGGUUUAUCUUCACAAGUUCCGGGAGAUGGAGGGCGAGAAAGCCGGCGCCUCCUCCUCCUUCCAAUCUCACCAAAAGGACAGCUACGGCGGCGGUGCCGGCGGAGGAGGGAACAGUGUAAGCGGCGGCGCCGGCGGCGGUUAUGGUAGUGGAGGGAUGUAUAGCGGGCAGCAACACCACCAUAUGUAUGGUUUGGGCAUGGGCGGGAAGGGUAACUAAUUUCUAUUCUAAUAUUAAUUAAA